AUGGCAGAGAAUUCUGCGCAUGUUGAGAUCCCUGGCGCACCUCUGAAUCACGAGGUUCAAUCGAUCAGCAAGGAGGCAUUGGACAAUAUCAUUGGAAAUAGUGCUUAUCAACAUCUGACAACUAAUCAGUGGAGUCAACAAGCAGUGGAAACGAUUACAACAAGUCUUGUCAAACUUAAUAAACCAUAUAAAUAUAUCGUGACUUGUGUGAUAAUGCAAACAAAUACUGGAGCUGGGCUUAGCGUCUCGAGCACUUGUUAUUGGGAUAAAUCAACUGAUCUGUCAUUUACGGUUCGAUGGGAAAAUAAAUCUGUUGUUACCAUAGUGAACGUAUUCGCAGUGGCAAUUUAA